AUGAGUCACAAGCAUCAGACCCUCCGCUUCGCGAGCGACGCAACGGCGGGCAAUGGUAUCUGGGGCUAUCCAACAAGCAAGGCAAACUUCUGCGAAGAAGACUACAUCUUCACGCGCUACAUCGCAGAGUUCAUCAAUUGCUUAUCCAAUGCCACGUACAUCUACCUCGCCCUGAAGUACCCCAGGGCCAACUCCAAGGCCGCGGUGCCAUGGUACCGAACCCUCGACAUCCAAUCCAUCGGCCUCCUCGCUGUCGGUAUCUUCUCUGGCGUUUUCCACGGCACCAUGCACCAGGAGACGCAGCUCCUCGAUGACCUCUCUAUGCUGGUCCUCGCCGGCUCGCUCGUACAGCCCCUGUACGCCUUCCGCCAGUCGCGCGCCGUGGGGGCCGCGAUCACCACCAUCCUCUGGCUCGGCAUCGCCACCAUGGCCGUCAUCUACGUCCGCUCGGGAGACAUCGCCAUCCACGUCGCGACCUUUACCGGGCUGUUGACAUUUGUCUGGCCGCGCACGCUGUUCAUCGUCUACUGGACUGGUCGUUACUCGAAAGAGCAGCAGAAGAGACUGAUGAAACAGUUCUGGAAGGCUUGUAUCAUUUUGAUCGUGGGGUUCACGUUGUGGCAUAUCGACUUGGAGUACUGCGCUGAGCUGAGAGCCGCAAGGAAGAGCCUUGGAUUGCCUGCCGCGUGGCUGUUGGAACUACAUGGAUGGUGGCACAUCUUCACCGCUCUGGGCGCGAGCUGGUACAUGAGGUUGAUUCGGGAGCUGACCUCAGUCGAACAGGCUGAGACCGGGAAGAAGGCGCAUUACGCCCGUGGGUGGAAGCAUCCCCCAAUCAGCCUGGAAAGGUGUCAAUAUUGA